AUGACCAACAAGCCGACCAACAAGAGUCGACCUCUGCAGCACCCUCAGCCACAAUCAUGGCAACAAACGAAGAGAGAACCACGGCCAGACGAGUACGUGGCCGAACAAACGGCAUUCACCGAACCUAUCUACAAACUCCUCAACAUCAUCGAUAAACUACCAUUCUUUGUUUGGCCAACAGUACUCUUAGGCACCGUCGGGAGCGGACCAGGGAUGUGUACAUAUCAUAAGGAGUGCAGCCACUACACUACACAAUGCCAACCUUUCAAACGGUAUCUAGAAGAGCUUGCAGCAACUGGGCAUCUAAAUCAGUGGAUUGACGUUCGGCGAAAUCCACUUCCUCCACCUCCACCGAUCAUCGGUAAUCUCGUAAGCGUUAUACAAGGGCUGGUUUUCGAAGACAGGGCAGCCGAGCUUUGUUCAGAAAUUGACAGAGCCAUCACCACUUUACCCGUUUGCAACGUCGGCAUUUCGGGAAAGCGAAAAUGGGAAGAUCAGAGCCUCGACAACCCUAUUACUUUUACGUCUGACGACCUGAAAGGUGUGCAACUCUCUCAUACAGACGCCCUCGUUGUUACUAUUACUAUUGAUAGAUCAACCGUUCAGCGGGUGUUGAUAGAUCAAGGAAGCUCGGCGGACGUAAUGUUUUAUUCAACAUUUCAGAGCCUCGGAUUAUCUCCCGCUCAAUUUUGGACAACGUCCACUCCUCUCGUGAGUUUUACUGGAGCCCCGAUUUGGCCACUCGACUUAAUCUCUCUCCCUGUGUGGGCUGGAUCACGGGCUCUUGAGAUCGAAUUUGCAGUGGUCGCAUCUCCCAGCCCAUACAACUUAAUACUCGGCCGAAGCUGGCUGCACGAGAUGAAGGCAGUCGCUUCUACCUUUCACCAAGUGGUAAAAUUUGCUGGAUGGAAUGGUCGUCAGGAAAGCUUCCUAGGGGAUCAGAUCCAGUCAAAGAAAUGA